AGGAUUAAGUGAAGGACACUCCACCGUUAGACCUCCACUCUUCGAUGGAACAAACUACACCUAUUGGAAGGAACGAAUGAGGAUUUACAUUCGGUCAAUCAACUUCCAACUGUGGUUAAUCAUCAAAAAUGGUGAGACGAUGCCAAUGAAAAAGGUUGGUGAAACCACCAUCCCAAAGAAGGAGGAAGAAUAUGAUGCUGAAGACAUCAAGAAGGUAGAAGCUUUUGAAAAAGCUAAACACGUGAUUUUUUGUGCAAUUAACCCGGAUGACUACCGGAAAAUUUCUUCUUGCUCCACCGCAAAAGAAAUGUGGGAUAAGCUUGAAGUGACAUACGAAGGUACGCCUCAAGUCCGUGAAGCUAAAAUUGAUUUUCUAACCCAUGAAUAUGAGUUAUUUAAGAUGAAGGAAAUUGAAAGCGUUGAUCAAAUGUUCGACCGAUUUUUAAAGAUCAUCAACGAUCUCCAUGUCCUUGGUAAAACAUACUCGAACAAAGAUCUUGUUCGAAAAAUCCUUCGGAGCUUAACAUCAGAAUGGCGUUCAAAUGUUGAUGCCAUAUAUGAGUCAAUCGGUAACACCAAUGUCACCAUCGAUGGUCUUCGAGGUAAUCUUAAAACUUAUGAAUCUACUGUUCUUAAACCUUCUCUUUACAAGAGUCCCGGUCUCGCUCUCAAAGCGUCAUCCUCAAAAAGGGUAGAGGUAAGUGACUCCGAUAGCGAUGACGAUAAUCCUUCUGAUAACUUGCUCGAAAAGUUCCAAGAGUUUUUGAAGGAAGAACUUAGGUCCCGAGAUUGUAAAAGAAAGGGGGAACCCGUUCCAACGUGCUUUGGUUGUGGAGAACUUGGCCAAAUUAAGCCAUAUUGCCCAUACCGCAAGGAAAAUAAGAAGACGGAACGAGCAUACAUGGCAUGGGAUUCAGAAAAUUCCGGUGACGAAACUGCCACCUUAUGUCUUAUGGCUCAUGAACAAAAUGGAGAGGGAGGUUUGUUCCCUUGGUUGUACGAAGGAAGGGCAUAUUCCUUCGAGUUGAAGUCUUGGAGUGCGGUAUCUCUGAGCAAGUGUAUUGAGGCUCGUGGGACUCAAGUUCUCUGGUUGUAACGGUUUGUUAAGCACCCGUAUUUUCUCUCGAUCAUCUAAACAAGCACAGGAGCCAUUAUUUAAAGAUAGCAUCCCUAGAUUUUAAUUCUGAUUUUAAUGAAAAAUGGAGUUUUUGGGUCUUCUGAAAAUCCAUGUUUGCAGAGGCAUCAAUCUUGCCGUCAGGGAUACGCGUAGCAGUGAUCCAUAUGUUGUAAUCACGAUGGGAAAUCAGCAAAGUUCAGAGUGUCCAGCCAAGCAGGGAAAACUGUCUGGUAGCUGAGAGCCACAUUGCCUGGGAAAAUGGUAAAAUGACACAAGAAAUGAUCCUUCGACUAAGAAAUGUAGAAUGUGGUGAAGUUGUGAUCCAAAUUGAGGUAAUUGAUGCCCCAUCGCCUAAAGCCGAUCUCUUCUAAGGAAGGGUUUUCGCACUUAUUGUUUGUUGUAGAAUUACGUUAGCGAAGCUUAAUUAUAUGUAGCUUAGCCAGUAACUUUCUAUCAGAUUCAUCUCUAUAAUAAGUUUAUGACCCUCUCAGCGUUUUGGUUCAGACAUUUGAGCUCAUUAUCUUCAAUGACAGAUACAUUUAUAGAUCUUGGUAUAUUUUAUGGUCUGGUAAAAAAAUCAAAGGUACUUGUGCCU